UCUCUCUCUCUCUCCCCUUCUCUUUCGUUGCCAAUAUAGACACUGGACAUUUUUCAAGAGAAUUCUCCUCCUCUCUUUCUUUGUCUCUCUCUCCCGAGAACUUUUUUCCUCCGUCUCCCCUGGUUUUAUUUUCCUCUGUGGACUGGAAAGUGGGGUUCCUUCAUGUUGGAUUAGUUGCAGCAAGAAGAAGAGAAGAAAAAACCCAUCACCAAAACCAUCUUAGCAAAGUGCCAAAAACCAAUUUUACCACAGAAAAAACCCCCCAAUUGAAAUGUAUUUUUGGUGUUGUUUCCAAUCUAUGAACAGAAAAUACCCAAAACCCAUGAACUAGUGUUGUAGAAGAGACAAAGGACAAGAGAUAGAGAGAGAGAGAGAGAGAGAAGAGAAGCAAUCAAACAAGUUUGUUUUGAUAAUCAUCAUCACCAUGAGACCUGUUCAACCACCACCAGCCGCCACAGCCAAUAGCAGCCGUCCACGGCGGCGUCCAGACCUAACCCUACCCCUCCCUAACCGCGAGCCAUCUCUGGCCGUACCCCUCCCUUUACCACCUGGCUCCGCCCCAUCAUCUUCAACCAACUCCUCUCAACUUCUAUCAUCAGCGCAACCGUUGAACUUCUCCGAACUCGAGCGCAUCAGCCGAAUCGGUAGCGGCAGCGGCGGAACCGUAUACAAAGUCCUCCACCGGCGGACAGGCAACCACUACGCCCUCAAAGUCAUCCACGGACACCAUGACGAUUCCGUCCGGCGCCAGAUCUGCCGUGAAAUCGAGAUCCUCCGCGACGUCAACAAUCCCACGGUGGUAAGGUGCCAUGACAUGUCUGAUCGCAACGGCGAAAUUCAAGUCCUCCUGGAGUAUAUGGACGGUGGAUCACUUGAAGGAAAACACAUCCAACACGAACCCUCUCUCUCAGAUGUCACCCGUCAGAUCCUCACCGGGCUUUGCUACCUCCACAAACGAAAAAUAGUCCACAGAGACAUCAAACCCUCGAAUCUCUUAAUCAAUUCAAGAAAACAAGUCAAGAUCGCAGAUUUUGGGGUUUCUAGAAUUCUUGAUCAGACUAUGGAUGCUUGUAAUUCCUCGGUGGGUACGAUUGCGUAUAUGAGUCCUGAAAGGAUCAACACGGAUCUGAAUCAUGGGAAGUAUGAUGGGUUUGCUGGGGAUAUUUGGAGCUUAGGAGUUAGCAUCCUUGAGUUUUAUCUGGGUCGAUUUCCGUUUGCUGUGGGAAGGCAAGGUGAUUGGGCAAGUCUCAUGUGUGCAAUCUGUUUUGCGCAGCCUCCUGAAGCACCGCCGACGGCGUCUAGGGAGUUUAGGGAGUUCAUCGCUUCUUGUUUGCAGAGAGAUCCGGCCCGGAGGUGGUCGGCGGCGCAGUUGCUACGCCACCCUUUCAUUGUGCAACACAGCCUUAGCAACCAUGGCAGCAAUCAGGUUCAUCAGCUACACCAACUUUUACCUCCACCCCCACAUUUUUCUUCUUCUUGAAUUUCAUUUUCUUGUCUCUUUUUUCCCAACAAUUUGUGUAAUUUCCCAGAAUUAUAUGAUGGUUGGGGGUAGUGUUCGUUGCUGGGAUUUGGUUUUAGGAGAAUGAAUUGAAGACAUGGUAAAAGAGGACUCAGGUUACUUUCAAUUCAUUGAUCAAUCAAUCAAUCAAUCUUGUGUUCUGAUAAUGCUUUUGGUAGAAAAGGAAAAAUCUUAUCUUUUUAGGAUUGGCCCAACUUUCUGGUUUUAUAUAUUUUUUUUUCCUCUUGUAUUAGGAAAAAUUGGAGGGCCUGGAUGUUGAAGUUA